CCGCUUUAUAUUUCAUUCCAUCAUCGACACAGUUACGUCAGUUCCCAGAUCAAACGGGAAAGAAAGAAAAAGAGAGAGGUUUCCAAAUUCAAAAAGAGAUUUAAUCAAUGGGCUAACAACACUUAAACAACAAUUAACAACAAUCGAUUGUUGUGUAAUUAUUAUACAUAUCCUCGUGACUGAGUAUAUUUUGUUUGUAGGAAAUAUUAGCAACUUCAACAAUAUAAACAAAUGUUAAUAGAGAAGGCGAUUCACAAGUGACAUAUUGAGCUAUUUUUCUCGCAGACGUAUCCUUUUGCGCGGUGAGAUAUGCGUACCGCAACAUUUUAACAAAAUUACUGCCCAACCUCGCGCUAGCGCGGUCUUCGUGUAAAGACCACAGUCGUAUUCAUCGCAGAAUGUCCUACUUCUUGGCCGCCACGCGCCGUUCAAUUUGCACGAUUAUCUAGCCGCGGCUGAUACGCUGAAGUUAGUAUACGCGCGGGAUAGUUUCAAUUAUGGCAGAGUGUCGACGGGCAACAACGAUGACGACGAGGAGGCGAGCAUAUGCCUCCGUUCGCGUUUUAUCUAUGUCCACGCCUGUUGCGCCUUGACUACCCCUCUCCUUAUAUUAGCCCUCUCUCUUUUCCAUCCUUCGUCGCCCGGUACCGUCUUUCACCCGAUCACCCUCUUUCACCGCCUUCUCUUCCGUAUUCCUCCUUUCUCCAUGCUCGACGGUUACAUCCCUGCGGAUCGUGUAGAAUACUGUAGAAGCAAAGGGAGAGCUCUCUCUCUCUCUCUCUCUCUCUCUCUCUCUCUCUCUCUCUCUCUCUCUCUCUCUCUCGCACCCUUCCAGCCGAGCCGACCUUCCACCCUCCGAUGCUCUUCCCCCGCAGCCCCCCACGCUGCCUGUGCCGAGUGGAAUCGUGCGCGCGAGUCAGUUACGGAGGUAGUGGCGACCAUAUACUACAGACCAGCAGCGGUAGCAAUAGUAGCAGCAGCAGCACCCGGUCAGCACCCACUUGUCGGCUGGCCGACGAGACCGCGGGCAGCUCUCGGCACCUUGGUCCCCAGUGAUUACCUGUGCGAUUGUCGAGUGCCACCUGAGGGAAAUUAGAAGCGCGGCGCCGGCAACGUGUAUUAAUUAGCGCGACAAUUAAUUGCCAAAGACCACGAACGCUGCCGUGAGCAACUGACCGCACGCGUGCGCGUCGAAGUGACCAGCUGCAGCCUGUUGCAAGCGGCGGAUUAUGACUGUGGAACCUGCCAAGUGCUAGUUCAAUUUGUCUCGGGGAAAAAACAGUUUUCAUGUGGCUUCCCGAUGCUGUGGUACUUUUUUACAAACGGUAUAUUUAUCAGAUUAAAGACUGAUUUUACGUGAAGAAAAAAAGAGAAGAGAGAAAAAAGAAAAUAAAAAAGGAAAAGAAGUAAACAGUGUGUUGCAGAUAAAAUAACUCGUAGUAAAAUGGAUGAACCAAUAACACGAGGUAGAUGGGUUUGCCCAAAUGAUCGGCAAUUGGCGUUGCGAGCAAAAUUGCGAACAGGAUGGUCUGUGAAAACGGGAUCUUUUGAAUCCCAUGGAUGGGGACAGUAUCCAAAUUCCUGCACGAGCAGUUCCAAUCGUUGCGGACAAUCUUAUUUGCUCACUGACGAUGAACGAAAAGCUAUUGUCCAGGUGAUACAAAGAGCCGAGGCUCUGGAUCUGUCGGAACAGGAGCGAGUUGGUAGACUCGUUGAAAGGCUAGAAAAUAUGAAGCGAAACGUGUGUGUCGUGACAUCGACCAGGUCAAACGAGAGACGCGGUUGCGGAAGACGAUGCUCUGGUGGAGCUCGUUGCGUCUGUUCGUGCGCACUAUGCGGCGAAAAGUUUGGCGCCGUACUGGGAGCGAGCGCGAAUCUCUGCAAGGAUUGCCGCAAGUACAUCUGCCAAAAAUGCGGCAUUGAAGCUACUAAACUUAAUCCAUCGAAAACAAGCGAUGACGAAAAUGACAUGAUUACUUCAUCGCGUAGUUCGUUACGCAUCGUGAGAUUUGCUCAGGAACAAAGUGGUGUUCAAAGAAUCGUUCAAAGAUCCCGUGGUAAUGCGCCAAAGCAGUUCCUCUGCCGAAUUUGUGCGGAGACCAGAGAGAUGUGGAAGAAAAGCGGCGCUUGGUUUUUCAAAAGCAUGCCGAAAUAUAUUCUACCAGAGAAAAAGGAGCGAGGAUGGUCUCGUCAUGGUCACAGGACAUCGACAUGGACGAUAGGAGGAGGCCCAUGCAGGUCCUUGGAAUCAACCGAUGCUCAGGAUUCCUCAUCCGAUGACGAUGCAACGCGACGACUCGCGGUAACACGUCAUUCGCCUACAAAUCUGUCAAGCAAUCGUGAAAGCACCCCAACCAAACUGACAAUUUCGAGUCCCGCAACCAGUACCUCAUCACCGAGAAGUCCUCGAGGAAGACCGAACGGUCUAUCACCUUCGGGCUAUCGUGAGGAUGCCAGUUCCGACAGGCUGGACAAGUCCUGCCUUUCGAUCGCGUCUCAAUGCAGUCGACUUUCACCCACGGGCUCAAUCAGCCCUCGCUCGAGAACAAGCGGCAGAAGUACGAACGAACUUCAGGUGGAGCAACGCGUAUCUUUCGAAGACAUUUUCGUAGACGACGAGAAGGCUAAUGAGGCGGACGAUGACGAGGAAAACAACACUGAAGAGACUCGCAAGGACGCUGCCACAUCUCUAGACCGAUCGAAGGGUUCUCAGGUACAAUCUCUCAGACUGAAACCAUCGCCGCCGACCACGCCGGUAGAACGAUUCCAGACCAUAGGCAAGAUUCUCCAAGAGAAGAAUGCGGAACGGGACGCGAACAGAUCCUGCUCGGACCAGGACAGCUCUUCCAGCACUCGCAGCAACAGCCAGAUCAAGAUGCCAAGAACCCCGGAAUAUCCACGAGAAACGGGACAGGAUUAUGGAACUCUCGAAGUCUCCUUGCGAUACGACCCGGCAGAUCAGUGCCUCCAGUGCAAGGUGGAACGUGCACGUCGUCUAAGACCCAUGGAUAUUCAAGGCCUCGCUGAUCCCUUCUGCAAGCUCAACAUAUUGCCCGUCGGGAAGGCAUCGACGAGCAGACGAUUACGAACAAAGACGGUGCACAAAACACGAGAUCCCGAGUUCAACGAGACGGUGAAUUUCUACGGAACGACGGAAACCGACAUCUCGACUGGCAAGGCGUUACACAUCCUAAUCAUCCAGGACGAUUCCUCGGGCCAAGAUUUCCUAGGAGAGGCGAGAUUUCCCUUACACGAAUUAAUACCAUAUCAAACGAAACAUUACAAAGUUUCUCUGCAAGCUCAUUAUCCAGUGGACAACGAAGAGGAAACCUGGGGCAUGUGUUCAAGUGGUCGCGGGCAGAUUCAGAUAAGCCUGAGCUAUUGCACGCGUCGACGUGCGCUGCUGGUCACAGUGCACCGUGCUACGAAUCUCCUGCCCAUGGACAGCAACGGGUUUUCUGACCCAUUCGUCAAACUGGCACUCGUCGAGGAUGCGACCGACAAUCAUCGGCAGCAACGGUUCCUAGAUUACUCGGCCACUCGCGCUACUGCCAAAAAGCUGAUCGGGAAGAAGACGGCCGGCCGCAGCUCGCAGAGCACGAGCAUCAAGCGGAAGACGCUGAAUCCCGAAUGGAACGAAGAGUUCAUUUUUCCGACUCGCUUGACGGAGCUGAUGAAGCUGACGCUAUGUCUAUCUGUGUGGGACAAGGACUUCGGCAAGAGUAAUGACUAUCUGGGCGGUCUUAUGUUAGGUUGCGCUAGCAAAGGGGCGCGUUUACGACACUGGAUAGACGCGAUUAAGUUUCCGGAUCAUCGACAUUUGACAUGGCACAAUCUGGCGGAAAUGGACGUGCCCAUGGAGUGAUGGCUCUGUUUCAGUGAUCGGAAAGCAGGUCAAGAUUAAAUACACGAAGUAUGCGGGCUUUAUCGACAUGUUAUAUACGUUUACACGGAUACACACGUGCAUACGCUAUAAUAUACUUGGCGCGCGUGUCACCGAUCUGUGCGUGAUUUAUCGUUGCUCAAAAAUUAAGUAUUAUAAAGCAUUAAGAGAGUUAAUACAAAAAUAAAGAAGUUGAGAACAGAA